UAUGCAAAUCAGAGCACAUCAAAACUCGGUGGUAGUUAGCCUAGAGGCGCACAGGAAGCAAUAACCCAUCAUCCGCGGUGUAGUAAUAAGCGCGCACUGAACCGAUGGGCAGCAGUCGUCGUGGCCACAAAAGUGCACAAACCGCAGAAUUAUCAUCAUGAUUUGCACAUAGAAAAGUGCUUGAAAAAUAAUACAGACACUAACCGAGUGCACGCCGGGGACAGGAAGAAUUGCAGUGUAUAGAGCGAAAAUGUUUUUGCUGCCGGUAGUUCUCAUGCUUGUCGGUGACAGUUUUACUAAACAUCUCAGCGUUGAUGCGAUUGUCAUAGCAAACCCAAAUGAGGUCACUUCUCGGGAAUCGGUUACAACAGCUCCGCAAACUGCUGCACCCGCCACGGUCAGUCCGUCAGACGACGGCGAUGAUGAAGAGGAAACUUUGCCGUGGUCUUCAGCACCAGGACAAAGAUUACCAUUGCCCGAUGAUGGGAAACUAUUUCCGAGCCUGGCCAACGGCCAUCUCGGCUUCACGGUCUUUGGCGAUGCAAUCUACAUGAACGGACUGUACAGCGGCUACCGAGGGUUGAGUCACAGAGCCAGGAUAGCGAAUGUGGCUAACCUUCGGCUGACGGUGGCAUCGGGCUUCACUGCAACUGUAAACGGUGGGAAUGAAGCGACCACACGGAUGGAUUUCAGGUCGGGCACGUUUUGCGUCGAUUACCGGGGACCUAAUAAUAGCUACAGGGUACAGCAACUGAUCUAUCCGCAUCAAUUCUACAAUCGCGCGAUCGUCAAUCAAUUCACGAUCGAGCGACUGGACGCAGAAGAUGACAUUACUGUUGGCAUCAGCCAAAACAUCACCUGCCCUGGCAGCGAAGACAUUUUGUUCGACUCAAUCGAAACCAUACUCAUUAGCCACGAUGCGGAACGGUGGUUCAACCUGACGUUACCAUUCCAAUUCCCGAGGAAGCAACAGCUGCGGGAUGAAUAUUCAACAACGACAGCCACCGGAGCCGGUCCGAUUUCGUCGUCAUUUAAAGUGCACCGAACCUGUGGCAGCACGGUGAUGUUGGAGGAUCCAGCGCACCAGCCGAACCAGCAGCGACGCGUCUGUGUCUUAUGGAAUCAUGUUCCAGAAGAGCUCACACUGAAACGGUCCGAGCGCACGGUGUCGUACAAAUUUAUAAUGACGGCUGACGAAAGUGCCAGUUUUGCCAGGGAAGAGCUAGUCGAAGUUUUCCUGCUGAAGAAUGAAUAUUUAUUGAAGCGUCAUACGAACGUUUGGCAAACUUUUUGGCGUAAUUUCGACAUCAACGUAGAGGGUAAUCCGAAAUUGGAGCGAGUGAUUCACGCGAGUAUCUUCUAUUUGAUAAGCAACUUUCCGUUAGGCGACCUGAGCCGGCCGUUACCUUUCAGAAGUUACCGAUUCGGUGGGCUUAGCCCAACGGGACUUGGUCGGGGCGGCACGAAUCUGGACGACUACGAGGGACAUUCGUUCUGGGAUACGGAGAUUUGGAUGUUCCCGGUUGUGAACAUAAUUGAGAGCAAAUUGGCACGGAUGUUGAUCGAUUAUAGAUUUCAUAGACUGUCGGCAGCUCGGGACAAUGCGCUUAACUCUGGUUACAUUGGCGCUAGAUAUCCCUGGGAAAGCGCCUCGUCGGGCGUUGAAGUUACUCAGCCAUGUUGUCCGGAAGUGGCGAAAUAUCAACAGCAUAUUUCUGCCGACAUCAGUUUCGCUUUGCGUAAUUUCUUUGCCACCAACCAAGACUUGGAUUGGCUGCAAACUCAAGGAUGUCUCAUGGCACAAGAAAUCGCCCAAUUUUGGUCAAGCCGGCUAUCGUUCGAUCCCGUUACAGGGUUGUACGAUAUUGAGGCGGUGAUGGGACCGGAUGAAGAUCAUGAAAAUGUAACCAACAACGCGUACACCAAUGUGAUCGCAGCUUAUGCACUGUAUUUUGGCGACUUAACAAAAUGUUUGUGCAACGGCAAGCCCAUCAGUCACAAGAGUGUCAUCAUCGGGUAUAAAUCGAAGAGGGCUCCAAUCGAUCACGACGGCGACACAAACUGGAGCACCUUGGCAGGACGCAUUAAACUGCUGUAUGACCCGGAGAAUGACUACCAUCCCCAGUAUCUCGGAUACCAAUUGGGAACCAUUAUCAAGCAGGCGGACACUGUGCUGCUGGGAUACCCUCUGCAGUACCAAGGAAUGACAGCACAGACUAGAAGCAAUGAUUUGCGAUACUAUGAGCCAGUAACUAGGCGUUCGGGCCCUGCCAUGACUUGGGCCAUGCAUGCCAUCAAUCAUCUGGAUUUGAAUGAAAUUCCACAAGCAUUGGAAAACUUUGAAAGAAGCUACGAACCUUAUGUGAAAGGCCCUCACUUGGUAUGGAAUGAAAUCGAAACCGGAAUGACCGGGGCAACAAAUUUCAUUACAGGAGCCGGUGGAUUUCUUCAAGCCGUAGUUUAUGGUUUCGGUGGAAUCAGAAUAUUUUUGGACAGAUUGCAGAUAAAAAACUCUCAAUUACCAACCGACUCUACCCAACUAUCGAUCAAAGGAUUGAAAUAUUUGGACGCCAGCUUGAGUUUGAAUAUAACAAGAAAUGGUGUCAUGUUAGAAGCCACACAUAUUGGACGUAGUUUGAGCAUACAAAUAGGAAACGAAAAAAGGAAAAUGAUGCUAGUGCACAAAAUUUAUCACAUAUCUGAUGUUACAGUAUUAAUAAAAGCUACUCGUGAUAUUUACGAGUAUUGUCAGCUGCCUGAAGAAAUAAUUACACCUAUAAAUGUCGAAGAAGAAAAUGAUAAAACAUCGAUACUAAAUGAAAUACGGAAAAACAGUUAGCUCAUUUCGAAUCCUCAAUAAAGUUAAAUAAUACGAGAACACUUUCAACACAUCUUUGCAACGUAACUGAAAACUCAUGACAAGUUCAUCCAGAAAUUUUCGAUAACCUGAUGUCCAUAGAAUCAUUAUUAUCGCCCUUAGGUUUUCAUAAGGCAUUCGUCAGCAAUGCUAUCGUUUUUCAUUAUUUUCUUUUUAAUCACAAGUUCAAAUUAUAUUAAAAGUAUUUUUUUAAUCCAUAUUUUAUUUCGAUUGUACAUGAAAGUGAUGAUAUUGUAACAAAACGGAUGACACAAAUGUGGCCCACAUAUUUUUAUAUUAAAUAAGCUGUAUUGCUACUUUGCUUAGCGUUUAUUUUAUAAAGUAAGGAGAAUUCCAAUAAGUAGCAGUGGAAAACUGAAUUGAGUUGCAUUAAUGCAUUAAUAAGUGAAAUUCAGGCGGAUUUUCAAACAUAUUAUAUGUGGUUUUUUUCUUUGCACAGCAUAUGCAUCCACUAUUCCAUGCAUAGCAUUCUAUCAAAAUAAUUGGAACAGCUGUUAUAAUAAUAAUUAAUAAUUAGUUAU